GGAAAACUACUACGCUCUGCUCGCAUCUGGAUCACCACACGACCUGCAGCAGCCAAUCAGAUUCACAGAGACUUUGUUGAGGUGGUGACGGAGGUCAGAGGGUUCACUGACCCACAGAAGGAGGAGUUCUUCAGGAAGAGAUUCACAGAUGAGGAGCAGAGCAACACAAUCAUUAUCCCACAUCAAGAAGGCACGAAGCCUCCACAUCAUGUGCCACAUCCCAGUCUUCUGCUGGAUCACUGCUACGGUUCUGGAGGAUCUGCUGGAAACCAGAGAGGGAGGAGAGCUGCCCAAGACCCUGACGGAGAUGUACGCAGAGUUCCUGGGGUUUCAGAUGGAUGAGACUAAAGACAAGUACGGACCAGAACAGAGCAGCAACUACAUCAAGUCAUUAGCUAAACUGGCUUUUGAACAGCUGCUAAAGGGAAACUUGAUCUUCUAUGAGGAAGAUCUGAAAGAGAGCGGCAUCGAUGUCAGUGGAGCCUCAGUGUGUUCAGGAGUGUUCACAGAGAUCUUUAAACAGGAACGAGGGAGGAAAACCAAGGACAAGAUGUUCAGCUUUGUUAAUCUGAGCGUUCAGGAGUUUCUGGCUGCUGUUCACAUGAUGCUCUGUUACAACAAAGGGAGGAUGGAGGAACUGCAGAACUUCCUAGACACCUCCAAUGCUGCUUUGGAUGUUGUCCUGAGUAGAACCAUGGAGAAAUCACUUCUCAGUCCAAGUGGUCACCUGGACCUGUUUGUUCGCUUCCUUCAUGGCCUCUGUCUGGAGUCCAACCAGAGAAUCUUAGGAGGUUUGCUGGGUCACACAGAGAACAGUCCAGAAACCAUCCAGACAAUCAUCAACAACCUGAAGGACAUGAACAGUGAUAGAAUUUCUCCAGACAGAGGCAUCAACAUCUUCCACUGUUUGAUGGAGAUGAACGACCACUCAGUCCAUCAGCAGAUCCAAGAGUUCCUGAAGUCAGAGAACAGAUCAGAGGAACUCUCCUUGAUCCAGUGCUCAGCUCUGGCCUACAUGCUACAGAUGUCAGAGGAGGUUCUGGAUGAGUUGGACCUGAACCAGUACAACACAUCAUGGGAGGGACGACAGAGACUGAUCCCAGCUGUGAGGAACUGCAGAAAGGCUCAACUUUCUGGCUGUGGACUCAUAGAGACUCACUGUGAAGUUGUGGCCUCAGCUCUGAAGUCCAACCCGUCACAUCUGACACAUCUGGACCUGAGUAACAACAACCUGCAGGACUCAGUGAAGGUUCUGUGUGCUGGACUGAAGAGUCCUCACUGUCGACUGGAGACUCUGAGACUGAGUGUGUGUGACCUGUCAGAGAGAAGCUGUGAAGCUCUGUCCUCAGCUCUCAGCUCUCAGUCCUCUAGUCUGAGAGAACUGGACCUGAGUAACAACAACCUGCAGGAUUCAGGAGUGAAGCUACUGUGUGCUGGACUGAAGAGUCCUCACUGUCGACUGGAGACUCUCAGGCUGUCAGGCUGUCUGCUCUCAGAGGAAGCUUGUGUCUCUCUGGCCUCAGCUCUGAGCUCCAACCCCUCCCAUCUGAGAGAGCUGGACCUGAGCUACAAUCAUCCAGGAGACUCAGGAGUGGAGCUGCUGUCUGCUGGAGUCAAGGAUCCACACUGGAGACUGGACACUCUCAGGGUGGAGCCUGGUGGAGUCCAAUGGUUGAGACCAGGUCUGAGCAAGUAUUUCUGUCAACUCACCAUCGACACAAACACAGUGAACAGACAUCUACAACUGUCUAACAACAACAGGAACGUGACACUAGAAGAGGAGGAUCAGUCAUAUCCUGAUCAUCCAGACAGAUUUGACUGGUGUCCUCAGCUGCUGUGUAGUAAUGGUCUGACUGGUCGCUGUUACUGGGAGGUUGAGUGGAGAGGAGACGUUGAUAUAUCAGUGAGUUACAGAGGAAUAAGGAGGGAAGGAAACAGUAAAGACUGUUGGUUUGGUUACAAUGAUCAUUCCUGGAGUCUGUUCUGCUCUAAUGGUUGUUACUAUGUCAGUCACAAUAACAUAGAAACAUCCAUCUCCUCCUCUGUGUCUGACAGAGUAUCAGUGUAUGUGGACUGUCCUGCUGGUUCUCUCUCCUUCUACAGAGUCUCCUCUGACAAACUGAUCCACCUUCACACCUUCAACACCACAUUCACUGAACCUCUUUAUCCUGGGUUUGGGUUCUGUUCUCCUGGUUCCUCAGUGUCUCUAUGAUGUCAAAGUGAGAGUUUGAUCCUGUCAGAGAAAUGUGUCACUCUUGAACAUAGUUCAGUCUGUUCAUGUUUGUCUCGUUUUCAGAUUCAUGUAUUAAACCAGUUUCAUUCUGAACCAGUUCUAGAUGAUUCCUUGUGAACUUCUUCCUCCUUCGUUCUUUAAAGAUGGAAGCUCUGAUUAUUCCGGGUUCAAAUGUUGAUGACUUGUUGUGAAGUUGUUUUCCAGUGAAUAUCAGGAGGUUUGUUCCUGUCAGAGAAAUGUGUCCCAUUAUCUUUCAUUUUUCUGUUAUUAAAAUAAAUUGCAAAAAUGUC